GAUACACAUACCUACUUCUUAGCCUAUUGCGUGGAACUUAAUUUUCCCACACAUAUUUCAUCUCAUGGCUUCCAACUUCUCUUUUCUAAACUCUCUCACUCAAAGUAAGAAACCUAAUAUUAAAGAUAGCAUCAAUAAUGAAGAAUUAUCAUUAGUAAAAGCAGCUGCAUGGGCAUGGUAUCAACAUGGAUCCGGAUCAUGCCAUGAUCAUCAAGAGGCUUCAAGUGAGUUUCAUGUUACAAGGAUUCAUCGUACACCAAGACCUUCUCGUUACAAGUUAGAAUUAGAAGCAAUUCAAUCAAUGGAAAAGGAAGUUAUUAAGGAGGAAUAUUCUCUACUUGAUGCAUAUGAAGUUCAAAGUAUUUCAAGUCACUUGAAUCGUCUUUUAGAGUCUAAUAAUAAUAAUAAUCACAAUUACAAAAAAAUUGUGAAUAGCAUGUCUAACAAUAUUGCUAUUAAAAGUGUGGAUGAUGGUAUUCAAAGGACAAAGAAAAAGAAGAUAAGAAAAGGGUUUUUUCUAAAGCAUGGUGCUAUGUGUGGAAGAGAAGGAGAUGUGGUUGAUCCCAUUAGUGUUUCAAAGAAUAUCAAACCUUCUAUUCAAGGUUUCAAACACUACACAACAUAACAAUUUUUGUAUUGUUUAAUUGGUAAGGACUCCACUUAUUAUAUUUCAUAAAUGAUUCUUCGUAAUAAUAUCAAAGAUUGCAAUAUGAAGUCGUGCUAGCUAUUUGAAACUCUAUUGUUGUGGUAUAUCAUCUUUUUUCCAAUGCUAGGUUUAUUUUGUUA